AGAGAAGCGCGCAUCGCUAAAUGUCGGUAAAAUAAACCCGGCGUAUCGGUGGAAAGAGAAUAUUUGGUGUUGUGCAUACGUCGUUCUCUUUUGUUCAUUUUAAGAGUGAGAAGGACGGAAGGAAGAAGGAAAGGAGAAAAGGAAGAAAAGGAAAGGAAAGGAAGAAAGACAAGAAAAAAAGAUACAAAAAAAGAAAAAAAAGAAAAAACGUUUGAUGGACGGUAGAGCGGAAUCUUUGUAGAAAGCCAAGAAGAAUAUUUUUCUUGCAUUCUCGUGUCAGUUUUAAUGACCGAGUCGAGUCGAUCGAUUCAACAAGAGAGUACCGCGCCCCGUGAGAGACAUACAUCUGUCCUUCAUCAUCAUCAUCAUCUCUCUUUCUCUCUCUCUCUCUCUUUCUUUUUCUCUUUCUCUUUUUUAACCUUCCCCUCUCUCUUUCUCUCUCACACACACACACACCACACAACACCAUAUAUAAAUCCUAUCCAAAGCUACCAGUCGGAUCCUAGCCUUUAAAAAGCUUCGUUCGUGUCGUCGUCAUCGUCGAUCGACUCACCGGCGUCGAUCGCUUUAUUUUUUUUCCAUUUUUCUUGUUGUUUUCUACCAUUCGGCAACAAGGCUAAACUUAGCUUCUAAAGGAAAAAGAGUAUCAACAACGCGCGUUCGAUCGUGAUAAGUUUCAUUGCGAAUUAUCGAGAAAAAAAAAAUGUCGACAGCUUUGCUAGCCGUCUUCGCCGUAAUCCUUUGCAUUCUCUUCAGAUUGCUCAACGUAAACAGUGCGCCACAAAAGCCACUUCUUAUUUGUCAAGAUCCUAACUUUUUGUCUACUCUAUUGAAAAUCGCACCGGUUAUCACCGAACCAUACAAACCUACAAGACUAUGGGGGUUCAGCGGUCACGUGCAAACGGUGGUCCACAGUAUCAUUGGUCGUGUACGAUGUCCUUGGCCAAUAGGAGAUCGGGUAUACAUUGGUCUAUCCGACGACACAACUCUAACUUAUGAUCUUUAUCAACCAUUGACUAAUGGCCAUGAAGACGAUAUCACGAUAGCUAUCUGUCCGGGCAUUGGCAACACUUCUGAAAGUGUCUACAUCAGGACAUUCGUUCACCUUGUUCAGUGUCACGGUUAUCGAUGCGCCGUACUUAAUCACGUAGGAGCUCUUUCUAGUGUCAAAGUCACAGCGCCAAGGAUAUUCACUUAUGGUCAUACUGACGAUUAUCACAUGAUGCUACAAAAUUUAACCGAACAACAUCCAAAUACGAGAAUUGUUUGCAUAGGAUUUAGUUUAGGCGGUAAUUUAGUCACCAAAUAUCUAGGAGAACGCGGAUUGAAUAAAUUAUCCAAUAUCAUAGGCGGCAUAUCCAUUUGUCAAGGUUACAACGCGCUCGAAGGUACAAAGUUCUUAUUAAACUGGCAAAACUUCAGACGCUUUUAUCUCUAUGUAAUGACAGAAUCCGUUAAAAAUAUAAUAUUGAAACACAAGCAUGUACUCCUUUCGGAAGAAGUGAAACAAAAAUAUUCCCUCAACGAGCGAGAUAUUAUUUCUGCUGCUACGUUACCCGAACUCGAUGAAGCUUAUACGAGAAGGGUACAUCAAUUUAGGUCCGUGCAAGAAAUGUACAAAUGGUCCAGUUCCAUAAAUUAUCUUGAUAAUAUUUAUACACCAAUGGUAUUUAUUAAUUCUGUAGAUGAUCCUAUUGUACCGGAUUCAUUAUUAAAGCCUAUAAGAGAAUAUGCUGCGACUCAUCCAAACACAUUGUACGUUGAAUUGUCACACGGAGGUCAUUUAGGUUUCUACGAAGGUGGCCUUCUUUAUCCAAAUCCUAUAACAUGGCUGGAUCGUACUUUAGUUUCACUCGUAGGAUCACUCACUUUAGCACACGCGGAUAAAGCUUUGAAAACCUCUUAACGACAUUAUAUUCCUGCAUAUAAUAUUAUUAUUAAUAAUAAUAAUAAUAAUAAUAAUAAUAAUAAUAGUAAUAAUAGUAAUAGUAAUAGUAUUAAUAAUAUUAAUAAUAUUAAUAAUAUUAAUAAUAUUUUCUUCGCGUGCGUGCGUACGCACGCACGCGAAUGUACUGUACAACGUCAGUUUGUGCAUUUACAAUCUUAUUAUAAUAACAGUCUUGUUACACGAUUGUAUUUGAUCAUAGAAUGGAUUUGAACUUACUAUAUUGAAUGAUCGCGUCAUUUAAGCGCGAUAACUGACUGAAAAUAAUCUAUGUAACAUCAUCUUCAACAUCCUUCGUAGUAAAUUAGUAUAAAAAAAAAAAAAGUGUAAGUUUAUAAUAUUAUUUUGUUAAUGCAAAUGAGAGAGAGAGAGAGAGAGAGAGAGAAAAGUAUUAAUAGUUAACGUUAUUAAGAUCCAUAUCGAUCUUAUUUACGUGGCUGACCAUUUGAAUUGUACAAAACUUUAAGACUUUAUGAGUAUUUAGUAUUGGCAUUUAUAAUAACAUGAAAAAGAAAAGCAUACUUUCAUGCUCACUAAUCAUGUUCAUCGAUGACGUCGUUCCAAUUAAAUUAUAAAAGUUAUUCAAAAUCCUAAUGUUUUUUUCUCAGGGAUUUUUGAGAAUGCAAUAAUUUUUUGUUUCCUUUUUUUUAUUUCUCUUUUCGUUUCUUGUAAAAGAAUAUACAACAGGAAUUAAUCAUUUGUCACAAUUAUAAAUUGGUCCUUACACGUGUAAAGAUUCAUCACGGUUAUAACUUACAUUGCCUAUGUUACAUGUGCUUCAUUGUUUUCUUUUUCUUUCUUUUUUUUCUUUUUUGUUUUUAUGCAUUAAGCACGAUCAUGAUAAUUUCAUGCUCAUGUGUCAUCAUCCUGCAUAAAAAAAUUAUCAAAAAUUUAGACCUGAAACUACAUAAUAAUAUUAAGACUCAAAUGUACUAAUAUUUUCAAAACAUAUCUUUUCGAUCUUUUAUAUGUGUAAUCGUUUAAGAUGAAAUAUUUAAAGUUACAUGACUGUUUGUCAUAUAGAAGCGUAUCGUUUCGUUUGACGAUCGUGCUUGUUUGACAUAACAAUACGAAAAAAUGUUAAUUAUUAUAAGUAAAAUACAAAAUCCAUUUCAAUGAUUUAAUUCAAAAAAGAAAUUUUAUUUCGUUAUAUCAUUAUUCUCUUAUCAAAGUUAAUCGCACGACGUAUAUAUAAUAUGUUUUAUAAAUGGUUUACAUCAAAUGUCUUUUGUUUAAUUUAAUUACAUAUAAACAAGAAAACAAUUAAAAACUAUAUAACAUUAUAGGUAUUGUAUUUAGAAUACUUAAAUGUUUUACUAGAAUAUAUUUAUUUUUGGUUAGUCAUUAUUAUAAAAUUAAAGACAUGUGAAAUGUGAGGAGUGAACAAAUUGAUGUAUAUCGAUUUACUUUGAUAACAAUUAAAUUAUAUUUGUUAGAGAUAUAUAUAUAUAUAAGAUGAAUUUUUCAAAUUGAGAUGAAAUAUUUGAAAAUUAUUUAUUUUUGAUUUGAUGGACAUCAUCAAGGUAAUUUCAGGGUCAAAUUUAUUCAUAGGAUUAUUCUAUUAUAUUUUAAUGAAAAAUUAAGUCUAUUGAUAACUUAUAGAUAAGGAGUGCCAUCAUGAUAAAUAUUUAUAAAAAUAAUAUUUGUCUGAAAAGGAAUGCUUGUUCUAUUUGCCUUAAGUUUCUUCAAUCUUUUUAUAAAAAGUAAAAACUGAACAAACAGAGGUUUCAAAUAAUAGUCGUUCAUUCUUUUUAUAUGAAAUAAGAUGCUGUUGCAAAAAUUAUGAAUCUCUAUUAAAAAAAAAAAAGAAAAUUUAUCUUGCAAUAACUUCGAAGACGUUCAUCGGAUCAAAAUAUAUAAUCCCAUUAUAUUUGCUCUCCGUAACCGAAUAACUUUUGUUUCAAUUUUCCUUUUCAAAUAUAAAGAUUUAAAAAAUAUUUAGAUCUCAAUUUUAAAAGAUUCAUCCUGUAUAUACUUCACAAAUUUGAUAUGUGUUGUAUGUACAUAAGUUAAUUUAUUAAUUUCAUCUGAAAAAGAAAAAAAUAACAAAAAAAAGAAACUAUAAUUUAUUAUUUUCAUUCUAAGCGUGGAGCACAUUUUUGAGUAAUUCUUAACAAUUAACUUUUGUAUAUAGAAAGUAAGAGACAAUAAAAUUGGGAUAUUUUUCGUAAGAUAACAGUGCAUCGGCUGUGUAAGUUUGUCUAAAUCAUUUUUUACAAAUGGCAAUAUUUUUUGGCGAGAAGAAAGUAAAAAGGUAAAAACAAAAAAAAAACAUGAAAUUUCUUUCAGUCGAAAAUUUCUAAUCUAUAUACAUAUAAUAUAUAUAUAUAUAGGCCUAAGUUUUCUAAAUAUAAUAUAUCGUUUAUAAAAAAAUUUGUAUGUGUGAAUUAAAGUAGAACAGAUGUUUUAGCAUCAACUGAUGGAUGUAUAGAUAACAAAAAAAAACAA